GACUUUUUGUUUGACCUUCAACAAAAAUUCUGUCAAAAUUCUCGUAUUUCGUAUUUAGAUGGUGUUCCGUGGUUUUGUAAGAACUAAAUUUCACUCGAAGUAUAAACAAAUAUUGGUUUUAAGCCUUAACAGUGUGCAAAGCAGAUUAAAAACUUGUGCCUGUCCAAAAAUGUCGAAGACUGCACUAGUAAUUUUGGCAAAGGGUGCCGAGGAGAUGGAGACUGUCAUCACUGCUGAUGUGUUGAGGCGGGGAGGAGUAACAGUGACCAUAGCUGGUCUAGAUGGCGCUGACCCCGUAUUGUGUUCUAGGGAGAUCACUAUUGUACCGGACAAGGCUCUCGAUGCAGCUUUGGCUGAGAAUCCCAUUUAUGAUGCUGUCAUAUUGCCGGGAGGUCUAGAAGGAUCGGAUCGCCUGUCUAAAUCAGUGGUAGUCGGCAAUAUUCUGAAGGAACACGAACAGAAAGGAAAGAUUGUUGCUGCUAUUUGUGCUGCACCAACAGCAUUCGUAGCCCACGGCAUAGCUCAGAACAAGAAGAUCACAUCGUAUCCUACCACGAAAGACAAGAUACCAGCAGACUGCUAUACCUAUGUCGAAGGAGAGAGAGUCGUGGUUGAUGGAAACGUUGUGACUAGCAGGGGUCCCGGCACAGCAUAUUGGUUUGGACUGAAAUUGAUCGAGUUACUAACUGGCAAAGAUAAGGCUGACCAAGUGGAAAAGGGCAUGAUAAUCACCGGAUACUAAAAAUCUGCCAUAAUAAUUUAAGACUAAGAUUUUUGUCAUUUCUUUUAAACCUUAAGUAUAAAUUUUUAUUAUUUGAUUUAAAGAAUCUAUAAAUUAGAUAAUACAGUCCUACUCGAUUGUACCGACACGAGAAACGGUCGUCGCGCAUAUUGCAAACGAUUAAGGGCUCCGGUCGCAGCUCGAAAUUAGUCUAGCGUCCUCGAAAGUUACGUAAGUAAACUGUAUUAUCUGAUUCUAAUUGAUGGUUUUGUAUCCACAGCUUUUUGUUAUGUAUGCAUAGCAUAUUUAUUAUUAUAAUUUUUUUUUU